GUGUGUGUGUGUCCUUUCAUUUGAAUUUCAAAUUUGAGUAUUUGAGGAGAGAGAUUUAUACGAGGAUUCUCGCAGUGUGCCUUCCAUGGUUCGUGUGUUUGCCUAGUUGGAGGUUCUUGUUCUUCAUUCUACUGCUGCUGCUGCGGCCAUUGAAGCUGAGAAUGGGAGAUUCAACGUGUCUCGUCCGGGGGUUCUCGUAUCCUUCUGCAAUUCCUAAUGAAUCGCAUCAGCCAAUUUUUACUGCGCUUUUCCUCGCUCAGAUUGAGUUCCGAAAGGAAUGCUAGGGUUUGAGAAGUCGUAACGAGCGAUGGUAUCCAUGUGUUGCAGGGGAGCCUUAUGCUAGCUCUCGGGGAUUCAGUUUCAUUCGGGAGGUUUCUGAAUGAAUCCUUGUCUUGGGAGAAACGUUCUGCGUUUUUACACAGGAACUACGUCGAGGAGGCCGAGCGGUACUCACGGCCAGGAUCGGUGGCGCAGAAGAAGGCUUUCUUCGAGGCUCGUUACAAGAGGAUUGCAGCCAAAAAGGCUGCUGCAGAUGUGCUUGAGCAAUCCAGUCCAAUUACAGAAUCUGUAGAAGUUGAGUCCGCUGCUGAAAACCAGAGAGAUCCUCGUGCUUGGGAAAUGGUGCGUGUCGAUAUUCCGAAGGGAAAUGAAGCUCUGGAAACUGUUGAAGACAAGGAUAACGGCGAUGGACAAUCUGGUCAUGAUCUCGAAAAUCAUCAGGAGAUAGAGAGAGUCUCUGUAAAGCUUGAUAAUGAUAUUGAAGAACAGGAUGCUGUUUCAGUCUCGGCAUCUGAGAGGUCUAUGCUGAAGGCGGAUUAUGCAGCUAGCGAGGAUAAACCAUUGGCGACAAGCAAAGAUGGAUUAGGAGCACAUCUGUCGUCAUCAUCAGACGCAUCAAUUCAGCAUAAAACAUGGAAAGGUCCUUCUGAACCUGCUCAGCAAGUUUUUCAUCUCGAGAAACAAAGCAAUGCUGUGGAAGAGACAAUCACAUCUAGAGUGAACUCCAUGGAUGUAAAAUUAUCACCUUCGAAGCUACCAGAAAACUCAGGGGAUGCUGGUGGCUCAUCCAUGGCAGCGCCUCUUUCGAAAAAUCUCUCCUCCAAACCUUCAGUCAAGGAAUCUGAUAGGGAUUCAAACUCAGAGAAAGCUUACAGUUCGACUGCACAAUCUAACAGCGCGUCGACAAAUCCUCCAGCCAACUCUCAAUUGAAUAGCACGAGGGCGGAAACUGCGGUUGUUUCCUCAACCCUGGGAAGCAAGUCGACUAGCCAUAAAUGGCGAUAUUUCUCAGCAAUGUUAUCCAAUUCGUUAACAGAAAAAAGUGCUACUAAAAGCAAACAGAAACCCGAGGAGAACUUGACUGGAAGCGAAGCCCAAAAGACGAAGCUACAAGAAUCAUCCAAGGAUAAAGCAGGAAACAAGAUUAAAAAACUCGGAUGUAUGUUUUGUUUCAAAGAUUCAAAUCCCCUCGACGAAGAAGAACAAUACAGAAACCAGGGCACAAUCUCAAUGCCAUCAUCUUCUCCAAAGAGCUUGUCCAAGAACUCUUCGGAAAAAAACGGUAUCAGAGUUCCCAAAUUAUUUACUGAGAGGAGUUAGCAUGAAAAUGACCCUCCAAAUAGGAAGAAUGUUUUU